CUGAGCAGCCGCGAGUGUUGAUGACGAAUCCGCCCCCCUCCCUCCGCGUGAGUUACUUUUGGUGGCUAAUAACGUUUUACGUCCUUUCGGUUGACGUGCAAGUGGAGGAAGGGGUGGAGCUUAGCUUUGAAUUGUCGCGGGACGAAGCCGCUGUUCGGCUGCGCGCCGGGAAGCCCCGAGAAAAGCCAGGAUUGUGGCGUUAGCGAUCGUGAUGGCGGAAACUUCUGCACCCCAAGAUGUUGCGAGAAGGGAGGAGGAAAGGGGCGCUUCAUGCGGGAAACGCAUCACCGUACCCCAGCCGCCCUCCAUCGAGGAUUUUACUAUCGUUAAACCGAUCAGCCGAGGUGCUUUCGGGAAAGUUUAUCUGGGUCGCAAAGGCGGAAAACUCUAUGCCGUUAAGGUGGUGAAAAAGGCUGAUCUGAUCAAUAAAAAUAUGGCCCAUCAGGUACAGGCAGAAAGAGAUGCCUUGGCUCUCAGUAAAAGUCCUUUCAUAGUACACUUAUUCUAUUCACUUCAAUCUGCCAACAACGUCUACUUGGUAAUGGAAUAUCUUAUUGGCGGAGAUGUUAAAUCUCUUCUUCAUAUAUGUGGUUACUUUGAUGAAGAAAUGGCAGUAAAGUAUAUUUCUGAAGUAGCACUGGCUCUUGAUUACCUUCACAGGCAUGGAAUAAUCCAUAGAGAUUUAAAACCAGACAAUAUGCUGAUAUCUAAUGAGGGUCACAUUAAAUUGACAGACUUUGGACUGUCCAGAGUUACUUUGAAUAGAGAAAUAAAUAUGAUAGAUAUUCUCACUACACCAUCAAUGUCUAAGCCUAAGCAAGACUAUUCUCGUACUCCUGGACAAGUAUUAUCUCUUAUCAGCUCUUUUGGUUUUUAUACUCCAGUUGGAGGGAAAGGGCCUGUGCAGAGUCCAAGCCCUGUUUCUGCAGAUAUACCUCAGCUGUCUCGAGAAUUCGCUUCUCCUCUAUCUAUAAGCUACAAAGAUUACCCUAUGGCAUCAAGUAAGCUCCUAAGAGCAUGUCUUGAUUCUUCAGCUGUUAUGCCUGGAAUGCCCAUAAGGAGUUUAACACCGACUCUGCUUCAGUCCAGAAGAAGGUGUGGAACAUCUAGUGCCAGUAGCCAUUCCCGGACCCAGCUGUCUAGUAUGGAAUCAGAGUGCUGCAGCAGCCCCAGGUGGGAAAAAGACAUCCAGGAAGAAGACAAUUUCUGCCCUGCAGCAGGUCAAAUUAAUGCAAUGGAGAAACAUGAACCUACAGAUAUGCCAUUUGUCAACAAUAGUGAAGUCUUAAAGCAAAACUUGCUAGAAACUGCUAUCUCUCCUAUUAGUAGUAAUGACUCUGCAGACAGGCAUAAUGGAAGGAGUGAACACUGUGACUCAUCAGAUAUUUCUGUAAAAAUUUGUGAUGUGAAAGACCUAGUCAGAAAAUGUCUCUCAGAAUACAAAGAAUGGGAAGAAAAGCUUUGUACAGAUAAUUCUGCUCAAUUCAAGGAGGUAGCAAAACCCAACUAUCACUUUUCCCAUCUGGGCUUGGAUAAUCUCAAGAAAGAAGAGGAGAGACCAGUGCUGAAGAAGACUGGAAUCAAAAGAUGCUUUGAAUUAGUUGACACUAGCCCUUCUCAAGAACAUAUCCUUGUGAAAAAAAAUAAUAGUGAAUAUAAGCGUGGUUGUAAAAUUAUUGAGAUCCCAGAAAAGCAAAGCACAGGUUUGACAGCUGAAAUCUGUUACUUAAAACUUGAAGGGUGCAUGCAAGAGAGCUGCCCAAAGGAAAGUCAAACAAAGGAUUCAAAUUGUUUGGAAGAAAAUAAAGGGAGCAAAUUAGACACCCCAUUAAUAGCUAAGAAUCUUAUGAAUGAACUAAAUGCAGAUUGUGAAAAGGAUGGAAAACACAUGAACUUCAGUUUUGUAAGCAUUGAUGAUGAAAAGCCUUUAGCAAGCAUGAGCAUGGACUCUGAUUUAUCCCUUCCAGAGAUCUCUGCUACAGAGAACCAUUUAGAAAAACACACAUUUAGCUUAAAUGGGAGCAUUAAAGACAUCCCCCUUGAGGAAUCAAAAUCAGAAGCUAUGUUAACAUUACCUUGCUGCUCCAGACGGGAAACCAGAGAUGAGCCAAUGCUCCCUGUCCAGGAGAGCAAAUACUUGGAUCGCAAUCAAGAUAAGAGUUUGAAAUACAUUACAGAAAAGCACACCAGUGUUCAUUCUUCACCAAUGGACAUGCUAAAAGUACUUAAAAAAAAUAUUGUUGCCUUCCGAAGUUACAAUAGUUCUAUCAAUACGUCUAAUAUGACUGAGCCUUCAAAAAUCAGUAUGGUAUCUGUAGAAGGAAUGAAUAUCUCUGCCUGCAGUGGUUCUUAUCCAAUGACCAUUACACCUGCACAAAAAGGAACACCCUACAGGAUAUAUCAGACUCCUCAGGGAAAUGUUGAUACACCCUUUAGGACCCCAAAAAGUGUGCGAAGAGGGGCUGCUCCAAUAGACGGAGAACGUAUUUUAGGAACCCCAGACUACUUAGCACCUGAGCUUCUCAUUGCAAAGACUCAUGGAAUUCACACCACUGGUGCUGCUGUAGACUGGUGGGCUCUUGGGGUUUGCUUGUUUGAGUUUUUAACUGGAAUUCCACCAUUCAAUGAUGAAACACCACAGCAAGUAUUCCAGAAUAUUCUUAAAAGAGAUAUUCCAUGGCCUGAAGGUGAAGAAAAGUUGUCAGAUAAUGCUCAGAAUGCCAUUGAUAUUCUUUUAACCAUUGACAGUGCUAAGCGAGCUGGACUCAAGGAGCUGAAGCUUCAUUCCCUCUUUCAUGGUAUGGAUUGGGAUAAUCUUCACAAUCAGACUAUGCCCUUUAUACCUCAACCAAAUGAUGAAACAGAUACAUCCUAUUUUGAAGCGAGGAAUAAUGCUCAGCAACUAACAGUGUCUGGAUUUAGUCUGUAGGAUCAAAGAAAAAGAGAUGUGAAGAGGAUUUCAUAUUUACCAUGACAAAACUUCCUAACACUUAUUUUGUAACAAUUUCAUUUUUAAGAAAAGGAUCUGCUUUUAACUCAGUCUUUUUCUGUAAAGGCUAUAUUGAAAUAGUAUACAGAAAAAGCUUCUGACCUAAAUUUUUAUUUCAAGUACUGCACUUUAUAUUAAUUGUAUUACAUAAUGUAAUCAUGGUAUAAUACUUUCCUACUCAAGAAAAAUUACUUUUCUGCUGCUGUGGGUAUUUCCAAAUAUGGGGAAAUGACUGUCUUUGCUAUCAGCUAUAACAGGGAAAAUUAAAUGCAUACAAUGCAAUUACCAUUGUGCUUGUAAUUAUAACAUGACACCUCAAUAUUAAAAUAUAUUUGAAACUGAUUUCAGGUCAAUCUGGAGCUGUCUUUCUGUAUUUUCAGUGCAAUCCAAAUAGAAAUUAGUCUGUUUUCAGGCAUUUAAUUUAUGUGUUAGUUAUCCUGCUGUUUAAACUGUCAUUAUUCCCCAGUGGUCUCUAUAAUUUUAUUGUCAAUGUUUUCAUUCCUAAUUCAUCUAUGAAAACUAUGGCACAAGCAAAGCAAGAAAAUGUUUAACUAUUGCUAUGUUUUUGGAUAAAUUAUAUUGUCAUUUUAAAUAUUGAAAAUGAGAAGUUUGCAUGUCGGUAUGGAGAAAAAAGAAUCUUUAUGCAUGCUUAUUCAAUGUAGUAUAACUGCAAUUCAGCGAAACAGAAAAGAUAGUGGGAUAUUUCAAUUACUAUGUAUUUAAAACAUUGAAAAUAAAAAAUAUGUAUAUAUUUUGUAGUGGAUAUUUCUAAUUCUCUUUUGAAUUAAGUACUGAAGUUUCCUUGUUUUAGAAUGUAUUACUGUUGUAAAUAUGAAUUUAUUUAAAUAAUGUUCACAUUGAAACAUUUCUCGAUUUUUUUCCAUGUCUCCUAUAGGGGGCCAAAAGGAGUUUAGUAACAGUUGUAUGUUAGAAGGACCUUAGGAUGGGUGCUGGAUUACUUUAACUGUUUGGUAGCAAGAUUCUUUUAGUACUACAUGAUCAAUUUGGAACAGAGCUUCAGUCUAUAUUUUUAGUUGGUCUGAUUGCAUUUCUGAAAUUUAAUGGAUAACUCUUCAAUGUUCUCAAGUAACUAAAAGCAUAUUUACCCUUUUUCUCUAGCUAUUGUACCAAGAUAGAUUCCUGGCAAUAAAUUACCUAUGAUAAUUAUAUCUGAUUCUCCGUCCUAUAAGUAGAACCAGUGCUUUUUUUUCAAAAAAAAAAAAAAAAAAAAGUGCCGGAACUCACACACAUCAUAUUACCCGCCUUGCCUACCCUACAAGGUUCCAUCCAAAAAAGGUGCCAGAACUCCGUUCUGGGCCUUCUAUGAGAAAAAAAGCCCUGAGUAGAAUAAUUAUAUUAUGGACACCUAGAAAAUAUUGGCAAUUUGUUAUCUUUCACUGCCAAAAAAGCAAAUAUUAAUAAUAAGUGUUAUAUAACACAAUUUUAAAAUAAGUCUAUAUAUUACAAAACCAAUAUCCUGUCCAUAAUAUUUCCUAAUCACUUAUUCUUCAUUUCUAAUGUUAAUUAAUGGACACAUAUGAAAUCUGAUGCAUGUCUUCUAUUAGGCAUAUGUCCAUUAAUUUGAUUAUCGUUAGAAUUUAUCCACUUUGUCAAUUUGCUACUGUAUAUGAAUUAAAAAUGGAUAUCCAGAUUACCUGUUGAAAUAUUUACUGAUUUUACCAAAGAUAAAUGCUUCUGUUAUCAAUUUUGGGGAGAGACAGAAUUUUGUUUCUACAAUUUUCAAAUGCUUUUUUUCUCCCCUCCUUUCUUGGUUCAUACUGGAACUCUAUAAUGCUUUUUUAUUGUCAGUAGGUUGAUUGUUGAGAUUUAACUUGAUAUGGUCUCCAUUUAAACUCUUAAUGUAUGCAUUUAUAUAAAGACUUAUAUCAGAGUUCAUUAUUAAUCUGGGAGUCAUGGCAUUUCCCUUAAAGUUUCCAGCUGGCCUAUGAUACAAACUGGUAUAUAAUUAUUAUUUUGUGGGUGUGAGUGCUUUUGUCAACAUUUUACUCCGGCAAUUGACCGGACAGGCUACUGCAUUUUUCUUGGCAAGAAUUUUUUGUGCCUAAGGAAAGAUUAGAAUUCAGUCCACAAGUGUAUAAUCUGUGCUUUAAUCACUUCACCAAAACUGACUCUUACAAUUACAUAAGACAGGGUAAUAUACUCCUAUCAUUCCUUUAUUUUAAAUGUUAUUUUACAAUAUAUUAAAGUGAUUUAUCUUAAAAUUUAACUGUAAAAACAUGUUCUAUAUAAUACAGCAGAAGUGUUUGACUUCUGCAAUUACAGUAUUUGUAUAUAAUAGAUAUAAAGUUGAUUUUCAAAUUUUGAGACCUUACAUUAGAGCAGAAUGUUUUCCCAUUAGUCUCAUCAAUUACGGUAUAGAUAGAACAUCAUUAUCUAGAAACAUAUCAGCUUCAGUUCAUUUUCUUUUUCACCAUAAUCAGGAGACAAUCACCUUAAGCUGUAUUUUAAAACAGCUGAAUAUCAUAUCAAACAAAAAACUUAACCUUUAUUGUUUGUUUUCCAUCUAUCUUUCUAAUUGUAUUUAGAAAAUACAACAGCUGUUAUAUCCCAAUAUAAAUCUGAUCAAUAGGCAGAAGUGUAAUAUGAUAACGCUACAAUGAUCUUAAAGCAAUUUAGAGCAAAAAAUAGACUAUGAAAGCAUUAAAACAGGAAAAGUUAAAAGUUUACAGGAAAAUUUUACUGUAACAGUUAAAUAUUUUGCUUACCUGUUAACAGUAAAAAGGGAUGUUCUGGAUUUAGCAAGAUGCAAACAACAGAAACAGCCAGCUGUGGCUUCACAGAAUAUUCUUAUCUAUACAAGCUGAUUGAAUUUAUAAUCAACUGUUGCAGGAAGGCAGGAGUAUGUGAUCAAAAGAAUGGCCAGUGGUGAUCCAAAUUCUGCCUAAUUUUAUAGAAAAUGUGAACAGAACUUCAAUCACACUUACACGGUCACCACCUUAAUUUUUCUGACCAUAUUCUGCAGAUGCACCUGCACAAAGAUCUAUCUGGUUUGAAGUAUUUACAAUACCUUUCCUCAAAGUGACAUUCAAAACUUAUUAAAUCUGCAACUGUAGCAGACUUAGCAAUGACUAUAGCUAAAAGAUUUACUGUUUUAUAAAUUUGAGAGGCUUCUGGACAAAGAGCUCAAACUUCAGGGGAUGUUUUAACCGUGAUGAACAGUCAUGAGAACACAGCACCUAGUUUUUGAAUAACAAUGGCACCAAAUUUAGGGUUCCUGGGUUUGUUUAAAUCCCCUGGCGGGUGGGAUGUACCUCCUGUGGCCGUUCUGAUGUUCAAAUUAGUCAAAAGGAGUUGUAUAUGCUCUUAACAAGGCAUAUUACAAUUUUUUUUUAAAAAAAAAAGUGAAUCUGCCUGCAAGUAUCAUAGUCUUAUUCAUUUUGAUAGAUUUCUUCCAGUGUUGGAUACAGUACAAUAAAUUGUCCAGUUCUGAUUAGUCAGUGGGAGUAACUUAACAGCAGGGUUGUUUGCAUAGCUUUAGAUAAGGUAUUGCUGUUAUCGGUAACACCCUUUCCCACUGGUAUCCAUUUACAAAGUAUUUCUUUACAAAUGCACAACAGCAUCAUAGGGUAAGUUUUUAGUAUACAAAACCUAUGACUAAGUGUUGGUUAAAUUGGAUUUUUUGAAUAAAGACAGUACUUGCCUCUUUAUUCAAUAUAAGUGUUUAUAACUUGCCUCAAGUUGCACUGAAUUUAGUAUCUUCAGGGCUGUUUUUAUUCUUUAUCAAGCAUUCUUUCCAAUGAAAUAUUUUGAAUCGAUCAUUCUAUUUGAGACUCCGUUUGGUGUAGAUCUCAGUGUAUUCUUACACUGAGAUGUAUGGCUAUGCAUAGUUUUGUGGCUUUUAAAAAUAUAUAAUUUUGGUGGCACCUGUGAAAGCAAAAUCAACAGCCUCAAGCAUUUAAUCUUAUUUAUUAAAAAGUUAUCACAUAUAGUAGCAGUUAGAAAUUAGACAUUACUCUUAAAUGCAAUCAUAGCAAUUCUGCAUACUUCAGCCUUUGGGGGGGUGUACUGUUUACUCAAUCUAUUGCGUGUCUAACCAAAAUGCUGGCAUUAUAAAACAAAUUAUACAGCUACAGUACCAUGGAAUUUGGGGAAUCGGGAUAUAUGCUUUCAAGGAUUUUUCUUCUCCUUUCUAAAGACUUUUUUUCCCCCAGUAGAAACUGAAAACUAAGACAUUAUACAAACUGUUCAUCAGGAAAGUAUUGUCAUAAUAAUUGUAGUUCAUAUGAUUGCUUAGGACAGUUGUAUUUGUUCUAUUAGAAAUAUAGUAAAGAUGUCUCAUUCAAGUAUAGAAUCUUCAAUAGUGCAAAAA